AUGGUAAAAAAAUCAAAUAUAAUUGAAAUUCCAACAAUUCCGAAUGAAAAAAGCAGAAAUCGUAAGAAUUCAAAUGGAAAAAAUAGUUCAACAGUAGAUAUUCCGGAAGAUAAAAAUCAAAUAAUAAAUAAUACAGCACUUGAUGGCGCAGCCAAUGUUUUAAAUUAUACAAAACCAUUAGAGAAGACACCAAGUGAUGCAUCUGCUUUACAUUUAAUUAAAAAAGGUACAAAAAUACAAGUUUUACGUGGUAUUAUAGCCGAUUAUUCAGAUGCAACAUCAAUACAUGGUAUUAAAUAUUUUGGUUCAAGAAAUAAACGUUGGUAUGAACGUAUAAUAUGGUUUAGUUUGGUAUUAGCAUCAAUGUAUUAUGGUACAAUAUUAACAAUACAAACAUGGACUAAUUGGUAUAAUAAUCCAGUUAUUGUUGGUUUAGCUGAAUCAUCAACACCAAUAUGGGAGAUACCAUUUCCAGCAGUUACAAUAUGCCCAUUAAUUAAAUAUCAACAAUAUUAUAAAAAUGAUGAUAAUCGUAAUGAAAUGCCAAUGGAAGAUAUACAAAAAUUGGAAGCAAUAUCACAUGUUUGCAUUAUAAAUUUAUUAUUUUUUGAAAAAUUUAAUUUCCCAAAUCAUUCAACAUUAAAUGAACAAAUAUCAAGAGCAAAAUCAUCAGUAAUACAAAAUACAAAUAAAAUUGUUAAAUGGCGUAAAAGUGAGCUAAUAAAUUUUAAGGAUGAAAUUAAAUAUGUACUUACUGAUGACGGUGUAUGCUUCAGUUUUAAUGCAUUGGAUGAUUCAAAAAUAUUUCGUGAUCCGAAUUUUGGAUUUCAAAGGAAAAAUUUUACAAGAAAAAUUCCAUGGACCCUUGAGAAAGGUUAUAAAAAAAAAGCUGGUACAACAACAUAUCCAAGACGUGUUCUGGCUGGUGAUGUUGAUGAAGGUUUUUAUGUUAAAUUGAAAGCUAAUUUACAAGAUACCGAUAAUUCAUGUGGUGGAAAAUCGCAAGGAUAUAAAAUAAUUUUACAUACACCAAAUGAGCUGCCACUAGUAUCAAAACGAUUCUUUCGUGUUCCGUACAAACAAAUUAUAUCGGUUGCAGUGAAACCAAAUAUGAUAACAACUUCAAAAGACGUCCGUAGUUAUGACCCUGAAAAACGACAGUGUUUCUUCAAUAAUGAAAAAUAUUUGAAGUAUUUUAAAAUUUACACCCAAGCAAAUUGUGAACAUGAAUGUUAUACUAAUGCAACACAAAUUGCCUGCAACUGUACAAAAUUUUACAUGCCAAGAGAUCCAUUAUAUGAUUAUUGUGGUGCAACAGACAUAAAAUGUUAUAGAGAAGUUCGAAAGAAUCUUUUAAAAGUGGAUGGAUUUAAGACGAUUUGUAACUGUUUGCCAGCAUGUACAUCAAUUGCAUAUGAUUCUGAAGUAACUCAAUCACUUCUCAAAGAUAAUGGUUCAAAUUAUGAUACACAAAAUGAAUUUGCACGAUCUAUUAUGAACGUAUAUUUUGCUAAAAAUCAAUUUUUAUCGGCAAAACGUUCUGAACUUUAUGGUAUCGCUGAUCUAGUAGCAAAUAUUGGUGGACUUUUUGGCCUCUUUAUGGGUGUUUCAAUUUUAAGCUUAGUAGAAAUCAUUUACUUUUGUACACUUCGAUUAUGUGUCAAUAUGAAAAUGAGAAAAAAAGCUAAAAAGAAAUUAGAGGAAAAAGCAAAAAGACGAGAAAGCAAAGGAAUCUCGAUUAAAUAA